GGCGUAGCUCACCUCCCUGCCGCGCGGCAGGCGAGACGGCGGUCCCUGGUGCGUUGCAAGCAGCACCCAGCAGGCAAUCGCUAACAGCGCCGGAUGCCGCCUGGCCCCGCUACCACGCUUGCCUCCUUGAACUCCCUCCUCGCGUCGCUUGCGCGCUCCGGCCGCCCUGCGCAAGCGCUCUGCACGUUCCGGGACAUGCUCGCGCGGGGCAUCCCGCCGGACCACUUCACCCUGCCACCCGUGCUCCGCUCCUGCACUCUCACUGGCGCCGCGGGCCUAGCUUCCACCUCCCACGCGCUCGCCGUCAAACUCGGGGCCCAGGAAAACCUUUUCGUGGCGUCUGCGCUCGUCCUUUGUUACGCUGGCCUGUCGAACCUCCCCGACGCGCGGAGGCUGUUCGAUGGAAUGCGCGAGCGGGAUGCUGUCCUCUGGACUUCUAUGCUGUCCGCCUACGCGCAGGGUGGGGAACCGGACGCGGCUAUGCGGUUCUUUGGUAGCAUGGUGGCAGCAGGGAUGGAGCUGGAUGCGGUGGUCAUGAUCAGCCUGCUGCUCGCUUGUGGACAGCUUGGGUGGCGCCGCCAUGGAAGGAGUGUGCACGGCUGCUGUAUCCGGAGGUUCCUAGGGAUGCCAUUGCCCCUUGGGAACGCACUUGUGGACAUGUACGUCAAGUGUGGGGACUUUGCAUUCGCCCAGAGGGUGUUUGUUGGGAUGCCUAGGCGGGAUGUUAUCUCGUGGAGUGCGCUGAUCCUUGGUCAUGGUUUGAAUGGGCGUUCUGAUGUUGCAUUGGGACUCUUCGAUAGAAUGUCAGCCGAAGGAAUCCGACCGAACUCAGUCACUUUUCUUGGGGCAUUGUCAGCUUGUGCACAUUCUGGCAUGGUGGACAAAGGAUAUGCUAUCUUCAAGGGGAUGAAACUGUCGGGCAUUGAGCCUGAACUGAAACAUUACUCUUGUAUGGCUGACAUGCUUGGGAGAGCAGGGCAUGUUGUCGAGGCUAUGAAGCUCAUAGAGGAAAUGCCUUGUGAGCCCGACGAGGCCAUGCUUGGAGGUGUACUUGCAGCCUGCCGAGUGCAUGGAGAAAUGGAGUCUGCUGAAUGGGUUUCCAAGAGAUUGAUGGGCAUGUCUCCUGGAAAGAGCGGCUACUAUAUGAGCUUGGCAAACAUAUAUUCAGAUGCUGGGAGGUAUAGUGACGCAGAGACAAUAAGAGGAUUCAUGAAAGAACUUAAAGUCAACAAGCUUCCUGGAUAUAGUUCAGUUGAAUUAGAUGCUGAUAGAUUCCACAUACUGGGCAAUAGAGUCUGAAGUGUUUGAUCAAAAUCUACUCUGUUGGGGCACACACUUCACUGCAGUACAUGCAUUAAAUUGAUGGGUAAAGAGAACAUAGUACGAGUAUACAAUAGUGGAAGAAAGAAUGAAUGGUAGUUUCAGCAUGAGCAUAGGCUUAGCUUUUUCUGUUAGGUCCCGUUUGUUUCCUUUUAUUUUGAGGAAUUAGAAUCUUACUAAUGAAAUAGGCUAUUUAUUUAG